AUGAUGGAGAGGGACGGAUACCUCAUCGCCAGGGAUCUGGAUGAGUUGAGUCAUGCCUUCCAGCUUGUCCCACGAAGCAAGAGCUGUGUAAAAUGUGACGAUGACGCUCAACUCGAAUGUCCAAAGUGUGCGAAUGACGAGGUCUGCCAGUUCACCGUGCCUCUAGACUGCACCAUGUGUGCCACUUCCUUCUGUGAGAAGGACUCUGACGCGUCUGUCUCCAGCGGCAGUAGUGGUCCAAAUGUUGGUGCCAUUGUUGGCGGUGUUCUUGGCGGUAUCGCUGUCAUCGCCAUUGCCACAUACAUCGUGUGGAAGUUCUGCAUCAAACCAAAGCGAUCACAGAUCCCCACAUCUAUCUACGUCGAAGACACCGACGCCAUACAGAGCGAGAAGGAUGCUGCCUCGAGGGGAACCCGUCCGCAUUCGACACACACCGUUCACUCUAUCGCCUCGACCGUUCUCACCCGAGCAUCCAACAUUAUCCAGAUCGCAUACAUCCCCGGCGUCACAAACCGAGCGACUCCUACAUCGCCAAACGUUCUUGUUCCUCCCGUGCCACCGAUUCCUAUGCACCACGCCGAAGCCAACCGCAGCCUAGGAAACGACGAUCAGCACUUCUUUGUUCCUGGCGAUCUACGAGACUCUACAUACUCAGGAUUGUCAGGCUACUCAGACCGAACAUCAUACGCUCGUACAUCCUACGCCCCUCGAUCUAGUGUGGCUUCUACAAUAUACGGCAAGCAGGCUCAAGUGCUCACACCCGCCCAGACUGGAAUGCGCGCCAAGCCUACCGUCGUCAGCGUCAAGUCCGUCGGUAACAGCAGUGGCGAGCUAGUUGCACCUCCUGUCCCAGCAAUUGACUUUGGGAGAUUUGGUAACGGUCGGCCCAAGAGUGGUGCCAGCGCCUUCAGCGUCGGCUCAACGUUCCUUAACAGCGCCAACACUGCCACGCAGGCUCGUGCACAGGUGGUUAAGGUGGGAACGUUGAAGAAGGUCGACAUGGGAAGCAAGACCGAAUCAGACGCAUCGUCGUCAACUAUGGCCAACUCGCCGCCAGCAACACCAAAUGGCAAUGUUACCCGGGAUUCUAGCAUCACAGUCAUCGAGGAGUCGCCUAAUAUGGACCAAGGACCUUUCUCUGACCCCCCAGAACGAUCCAGCCCUCAGAAGACCAACAAAGCUCCAAGCCUCGGUGCCGUUAUAGAAGACACAGUGGGCGAGAGUGACAAGCCACUGGCUCUUCAAAGGCGAGAUAGCAGCCCCUUUGGGGACAAACACGCGACGAAAGAGUAA